AUGAGCGUCAAGGAAGCUUUGAGCAAGAUCCUCGUCGUCGUCGGGACGACGGGCGCGGGCAAGACGAAGCUGUCCAUUGACCUCGCCAAGGCCCUCAAUGGCGAGAUCGUCAACUCGGAUGCGAUGCAGAUGUACCGCGGCUUGGACGUAGCGACGGCCAAGGUGACACAGGAGGAGAUGGACGGUGUGCCGCACCACCUCUUGAGCUGCAUCGCCCCCGUCGAAGAGUGCACGGUCAUCCAGUACAAGGCCCUCGCCAUGCGCACGAUCCAAGACAUCAUUGCACGCGGCAAGGUGCCCGUCGUCGUAGGCGGUACCAUGUACUACACGCAGUCACUGCUUUGGAACGGCCAGCUCCUCGAAGACGUACCUGGCUCCAACGGCGACGCCAGCCCCGUGCCGCUGCCAUCGUCGCCCGAAGAGGUCUACCGCAAGCUCCAAGAAGUCGACCCGGUCAUGGCCAACGGUCUGCACUCGAAAGACGUCCGUCGGGUGCAGCGCAGCCUCGAAGUCUACUACCACACCGGCAAGCGGCACAGCGACUGGAUUGCCGAGCAGAAGGCAGAAGAAAAGCUCUUUGACGCGUGUGCCUUCUGGGUCGACUGCGACCGCCCGAUCCUCAACGCCCGCCUUGACAAGCGCGUCGACAAGAUGGUGGCGGACGGACUCGUGCCCGAGAUCGAAGGCUUGAUGGCCGAGAUCCGCGACCACGUGGCCGCGUCACCGAUCCCGAUGGGGCUUAAAGGCAUCACUCAAGCGAUUGGCUUUAAGGAAUUUGAAGCGUACUUGGAGGCAAAAGCCCAAGGCGUCGACGGCGACGCGCUCCACUCGGUCCUCGCCACGUGCAUUGAGGAACUCAAAGUCGGCACGCGCCAGUACGCCAAGCGCCAAGUGACGUGGAUCAAGAACCGGUUCGUGCCCCGGAACGUGCCGGUGUAUCGCUUCGACACCUCCGUGGUCGACGCCUGGCCAUCACUCGUGGCGGCGCCUGCGAUCGAGAUUGCCACGUCGUUCCUUCGUGGGUCGCCAAUUACGAGGCAGGCGACGUGUCAAGAGCGUACGAGCGAGGAGAAGCGUCCGAAAACCAAGUUUCUCUGCGACGAGUGCGGCGGGCGCGAGUUUGUUGGCGAGGUGCAGUGGAGCGAACACUUGCGCUCCAAAGGCCACCGCUUCCACCUCAAGCGUAUCCGACUCCUCGCUUCCGGCCAGCUCUUUGAACGCUCGUCGAAGAAGCCCAAGUCGGUCGUCGACGAGAAACAAGCUGCAGACAGCAGCGAGCGUGAAUAGAUUACUCUUGCGCGUG